UGCCCUGGGAGUCUUCUCUGAGUCUGUGGUUCUAGGACUUUGAGCCACUGAGCACAAAAUUCUGAAGAAAUUCUGAAUUAAGUUCCUUCGAUCUUGGCAGCCUGGGGAAGAUGUUGGCUUGCGUUUUUUCCCCCAGCCACCCAUAUUCUCAAAAAGAUCUGGAUCCAAACAUUAAGUCUCUGUUGGACUUUACAGGGGAAGUUGGCUUCAGGGGAUGUAUCCCUAGAUGUCUGGACUAUGCCCUGACAGUUUGGCAGGGAGGGAAGUGGCUCAGAGGACUGGGAGCCGGGCAGUCUCCAGCACUGGCAGUGGGAGAGGCAGAGAGCAGAACUCGUCCGGAAGGGAAUGAAAACAAGCAGAACUGGGAAAAGAUAGCUUGUUGAAUUUGUCAACCUUCUGUCUCCCUGACAAUGAAAGAAGGAAUGAAAAGAUCUGAUGUGGUAUUUGAUGGAGCUUCCAGGGGAUUUUGGUCCAUGCCAUCAACCUGCCCCACUGAAAAUAUUCCUGCAAGCUGCAUGACUCGGGGCGGGGGGGAGUUUACUUCACGGUUUUUACACCCCAGUGUUCUCAUCUAUAAAAUGGGGACAAGAGCAGUCUUAUUCCAUGGGAUUUUUGUGAGGAUUGAAUGAGCAAAGACGUGUAUAUCAAGUACCCAAGAGCACCCAGCACACAGUAAAGGCUUGAGAACAUCUUGUUCCACGGUGAGCAUUAUCUCUACCCUUCCUUCAAAGUGAAAUUACCAGCGGACUCAUGGAUUAUUACUGGCAACUUAACCGUCCAUGAAUUGUUGCCAGACAUCACCAAGCAAUUCCUGGGUUUUCCCCACAGUAAACCUCUGCUGCUUUGGAUUUUCUCAAUGAUGAAACCAUCAGAACCGUUUGUGGUACCUUAUUUAGCAGGACCAGAUAAAAAUAUAAGCCUCGGUGUGAUCACAAAUGAGAUCUUCCCAAUCUGGACAUACUCUUACCUGGUGCUGCUGCUCCCCGUGUUCAUCCUGACCGAUUACGUCCGCUACAAGCCAGUCAUCAUCCUGCAAGGAGUCAGCUUCAUCAUCACCUGGCUGUUUCUUGUAUUUGGCCAAGGAUUAAGAGCCAUGCAGGUGCUAGAGUUCUUCUAUGGGAUGGUCUCUGCCACCGAGGUGGCAUACUAUGCCUACAUUUACAGCGUGGUCAGCCCCGAGCACUACCAGAAAGUGAGCGGCUACUGCAGGAGCAUCACACUAGUGGCCUACACAGCAGCCUCGGUGCUGGCCCAGCUCCUCAUGUCCCUGGCCAGCCUCUGGUGCUUUUGCCUCAACAUCAUAUCUUUGGCCUCCGUCUCUAUGGCCUUUCUUUUCUCACUUCUCCUACCAAUGCCUAAGAAGAGCAUGUUUUUUCAUGCAAAACCCAGCACAGGGGCUUCUCCAAAACCAAGAGGAAGAGAUGCUUUCUUAGAGGAACCUCAAAAGGGUCACAAACUAGUCUGCCAAGAAACAUUCACCUUUUCAAGGAAUCUGGAUGAUGGUUCGUUAAGCACUCCAAAGCCGGAAAACGUAACUUUGAGGGGUUUUGUGCAGUGGUUCCAAGAUCUGAAGGAGUGCUACUCCUCAGAGCAACUUUUUUACUGGUCCCUGUGGUGAGCCUUCUCCACAGCAGGUUUCAAUCAGGUUUUGAACUAUGUUCAAAUCCUGUGGGAUUACAAGGCACCGUCCCAGAAUUCUACAAUCUAUAAUGGAGCAGUAGAAGCCCUUGCAACCUUUGGAGAAGCUCUGGCAGCCUUCACAGCAGGCUGUGUGAAAGUCAACUGGGAUCUCCUGGGAGAGAUGGCCCUGGCAAUGUUCUCAGCAGUGGAUGCCGGUUCUCUACUUUUCAUGCAUUACACAAAUAAUAUUUGGGUGUGCUAUGCUGGUUUUGUGAUAUUCAAGUCAAGUUACAUGCUUCUCAUAACGAUAGCAUUUCAGGUUGCUGUUAAUCUCAGUGUGGAACGCUAUGCCCUGGUGUUCGGAAUCAACACCUUCAUUGCCCCGGUGAUCCAGACUGUCAUGACUGUAGCUGUGGUUGACAAGCAGGGACUGGGGCUUCCGGUCAGCAUCCAGUUUUUAAUUUAUGGGAGUUAUUUUUCUAUUAUUACUGGAAUUUUCCUGAUGAGAAGCAUUUACAUAAUCUGUUCAGCCAAAUGCGGAAAGGAAGAAUGUAGGUCUACUGCUACUGGUCAGAAUCCAAGUGAACUGGAGAACUCAAUGUCUGGUAUGAACACAGUAACACAGUUUUAGCCUGGUCCCUCCUACCAUGGACUCCAAGGGUGGACAGCUCUGAAAAUAUAUGGUACUAUACUACGUGACAUUUUAAUUUUUUAUCCUAGAUUAAGAUAUCAUAAAAGACAGGAUUAUCAUCAACCUUAUCAACACCACAUCAAAAUCUCUGCUAUAGGCUGGUGAACUGGAUACAACCAAAAACUAUAGUCAACCAAGUUGAAACCAGCCAUCUUUAUGGCCUUGGUGAGCAACUAGGACCCUAAAUACGGUUUUAAUACUUUAGAGUCCACCCCAAAAGAACCUGGAAAUCAGACAAAUGGGACCAUCCAAGAACAGAAACAUGAAAUAUCACAGAGUGAAUGAUAUAUACUGGUUUUUGUGCCCAACUUCAUAAAUGUGUAAUUUGUUUUGGUUUGAAUAGUAGAUAAAAAAAGUUUCUCAUGCAGGCCUGAUGCAUAGUAAAUGAUCAACAUGUAAUAACCAUUAUGAUUAUACUCAUACUAUAUACUAUGAAAAAAGCUAGAAUGGGGGAAAUCAUUUAAUUCCUAUAAAAUUAGGCCAAAAAAAUAAGGAAAAGAAAUUUUUUUAAGAUUUUAUUUAUUUAUUUGACAGAGAUCACAAGUAGGCAGAAAGGCAGGCAGAUAGAGAGGAAGGGAA